AGAUAUCCCCGCUGAAGACCCACAACACGGGAGCUGAUUCGGACGGGUCGAGCAAGUCCAACUCAAUCAGCAUGAGGGUAGAUCCAGGCCCUUGGCAUGCGCAAAUGUUACAUCGGUACUCAGUUCGAGGGCACGGCAAAUAUCUUCCACCUCCUCGUCGGGCUACGCUCUGGCUCUACCGUAUCCGCCCCCUAUCGGCGCGUUCGGCCACCUCCGCGACUGCGCGAACUCUCGGCAAUCGGUGGAUCUGCGUAUCGCGGAUCGGCGCGAUCUCUCCAAGGCAUUACAUCCACACUGGCACCUCCUCUCGAAUAAAAAUAGACGCUUCGGGGCGUAGCGCCAGCGGAGAGCUUUCUCGCUGUACACAGCCGCUAGCGGAGUGGGACUCUAGUCGCAUCGUCUCGUAGCACCUUCCAACACACCCUACAACAUGCCGUCUCAAGAUCAACUGAAGGAGAUCUUUAACCUGUACGACGAGGAGCUCGAUGGAAAGAUCGACGGAACGCAGAUCGGAGACGUCGUCCGAGCUGCUGGCCUGAAACCAACCAAUGCUAUGGUUACUAAGGCCUCUGGACAAGAGUACAAGCGUAAGGGUGAGAAGCGCAUCACGUUCGAGGAAUGGCUACCAAUUUUCGAGCAGCUGUCGAAAGAAAAGGAGCAAGGAACGUAUGCUGAUUUCGUAGAAGGGCUAAAAGUGUUCGAUAAGGAAGAGUGCGGAAAAAUCCUAGCCGCUGAGCUUAGACAUAUCCUACUCGCCCUAGGAGAGCGACUCACUGCUGAUGAGGUAGACGAAAUUCUGAAGGGAGUUGAAGACGCCGAAGGUUUGGUCAAAUACGAGGAUUUCAUCAAGAAGUGCCGUCACGCGGUCAGCUCGAGGGAGGACGCCGACGGCCCCGCGGGCCUCGCCCCCGUCUUCCCCCUAGUGUCCGCUUGGUCCGCUAAAACCCCGAAGGCGUCUUUCGCCACAUCUAUCGAAUCGACUGGACCAUAA